AUGAAAUCUUUCCAACUUUUUAACUCUGAUGAUAUCCAGCCUCGUCGAAACAAUUUGUUAAAAUCCGAAUCAAAGACAACAUGCAAUGCCAACCUUAAUUCAUAUUUAAAUCAAUUUAAUGAUGUAUUAGAUAUUGGCUCAUCAAAUAUCUUGAGCGAAAUACAAGAUGGAAUCAUGAGCGAUGAUGAGGAUCUAAUUUUAUCUCAAUUGUCAAAGGCAUCACUGCUAUUUGUCUCAGGAGUUUCAACAAUUCCUGAACCAGAUUCAGAUUUAUAUCAUAGACUAAUAUAUUUAUCAACAAAUUCUAAUAGAUUAGUCGCUCAGCAGUCUGUUUUACUUCUGUUAAAUCUCUUUAUUUUCUUUCCAGAAUCACAAAAUUUUUUAAAGCCUGAACUAUUCCAAAUCAUCAUUAAUCACGCUUCAGAGGAUGAAAUAAUAGCAAAACUAUGUGAUUUCCUUAAGAAAUAUCCGAAUUUUAUCUCUACAUUUUCAGAAAAUAAUUUAUUUGAAGAAUUAAUUACAGUUUUGACCAAAAAUGAUGAUGUAUACACAUACAACUCUUCAUUACGUUUAAUUACAAUGAUAUCUGAGCUCACACAGACCCAAGAAAAGCCACCAAUUGGAAUUGAGUUCUCUCAUCAAAUUUUCAGCAUCACAAAGGACCAUGCGCUUAACUACAGUAAAUAUACAGCCCCUACAUUGAAAUAUUAUCGAUCAGUUCUUCCAGAAGUUAUUGAUGAUGUUAUAAAUUCUGGAAUUAUCGAGUUUUUAAUAGAAAACACUAUUUCUUUUAAUUUUCCCACACUCGAAGCUUCAAUUUUGCUUAUUUCCAAUUCAAUUAAUGAAUCAACUGUUCAAUUUUUUAUUGAAUCCAAUUUAAUUUCCUUAAUUCAUGCGAUUUUUUGCCAUGAAAACACAAAAUCAAUCGAAUAUAACUUUAUUUUGUUAUGUAACCUUGCACAGUCAUCGGAAAUAGGUGCAAUUUGCCAAACAAAUGAACCAAUUUCGACAGAUAUCAUUUCCCAUAUGAGCGACUCAUUUAAUUGCAGAGUUUAUUCCACAAAACUGUUUCUUGAACUGAUUAAAUAUAAAAAUAGAGAUGAAAUGAUUAAUUUCCUCGGAAGAGAAGAAAAUGAAUUUUUAUUUAAUAUGGUUGAGCUUCUUCAGCUAGAAUUCGACCCAACAAUUAUACCAAUAUUAGAGAUGUUCCUCGAUUAUGCACAGCAAAGCCAAAUCGGAAAACAUCCGCUUUUUGCAAAAUUCGAAAUCUGCAUGCAGAGUGAAGAAUUUAGCAACGCUCUUGAUAACAUCAUGUCGUAUCAUCAAGAUGACGAAGAUGUUCUACGUGCUAUUGAAAUUGCAGAAGAGAUUUCUAAAAUUAUUGAAUCUUAA